AGAGCCUCUCAGCAUGACUGCCGUGUCUGAGAGUGUGCCCGUCCGGCCUGCCGAUACGGAAAAAGCCACGCAACAUGUCGGCCCCGACCCGAAUCUGGUGACCUGGGAUGUGGAUGACCCGGAAAACCCGCUUAACUUUCCGCUCGCCUACAAAUGCUGGAUCACGUUUCAGCUGGGUCUGUUGGCCCUGAGCGCCAGUAUGGGCUCGAGUAUUAUCUCCCCGGCGGAAUCAAGCCUCAAAGCUUACCUGCACGUGGGAAGCGAAGUCAGCAUUCUUCCGGUAUCACUCUAUAUUCUCGGCUUCGCCUUCGGACCACUCUGCUGGGCGCCCAUCUCAGAGAUCUGGGGUCGCCGCUGGUCCAUGCUCCCCGCCGUCUUCAUCAUGGGGCUCUUCAGCAUCGGCACCGCGACCAGCAAAAACACCGCCUCCGUACUCAUCACCCGCUACUUCGCCGGCCUCUUCGGCUCCGCCCCGGUCAGCAACGUCUCCGCCGCCCUGGGCGACAUCUUCCACAUGAAAGCGCGCGGCAUCGCCAGCACCUCCUACGCGAUCUGCGUCGUCGGCGGCCCAACCAUGGGCCCGAUCAUCGGCGCGGCCCUCAUCUCGAACCCACACCUCAGCUGGCGCUGGACCGAAUACAUCGAAGCCAUCUUCGUCUUCCUCGUCUUCACCAUCACCUUCUUCUGCCUCCCCGAAGUCUACAGCCCGGUCCUCCUGCACCACAAAGCCAUCCGUCUCCGCAAAGAAACUGGCAACACAGCCCUCUACCAUCCCCACGAACACCUCAAACUCACCCCCCACAGCAUCAUCACGAAGCACUUCUCCCGCCCCCUCGUCAUGCUCCUCACCGAACCAAUGGUCACCGUCAUCGCCCUCUACGCCUCCUUCACGUACGCCCUCCUCUACCUCACCCUCGAGGUCUUCCCCAUCGUCUUCUCCGACAUCCGGCACUGGAAACCCGUCCUCGCCACCCUCCCCUUCAUCGGCCUCUUCAUCGGCGUCCUCCUCUCCUCCCUCUUCAUCAUCUUCCUCGGCCAACCCUACUACAUCCGCAAAUGGGAAGCCGGCGGCGGCAAACCCGUCCCGGAGGCCCGUCUCAUGCCCAUGGCCGUCGGCGGGUUUCUCUUCGCGGGAGGCCUCUUCUGGUUCGGAUGGACCGCCCAACCUACCUACUCAUGGGGCUUGCCCGUCGUGGCCGCCAUGGUCUUCGGGUGCGGGUUUUGUAUUAUCUUCGGGCAGUGUAUUAACUUUUUGGUCGAUACGUAUGGGCCGUAUGCUGCGUCGGCGACGGCGUCGAAUACCUUCCUGCGGAGUGUAUUGGCGGCGGCGUUUCCGCUGUUCGCGCAGCCCAUGUUUCGCAAUCUGGGGGUCGGGCCGGCCAUGUCGAUUCUCGGGGGCGUGGCGGCAGCCGCCAUCCCGGUGCCGUUUUUGUUUAUGGUAUAUGGGGUGCGGUUGCGGAAGAUGUCGCGGUUUGCGCCGUUUAAGGGGUGAAUACCAUACAGUAUCGAAUAGAUGUUUCAUAUUUAAUGAGAAUUAUGGAAAGUUGUUCG